UCACUAUGGUCACAACCGCAUUCAGAAUCCACUCAUCAAAAGCCACCUCUGGCCGGAAUAUUUCCGCAAGCGGCUUCGCAGCAAAAACCGCCGCAAUGCACAUUCCUCAUGCAAUUUCCCACUAAUCGAUGCCCAGAAUGAGGAUGUAUACCUACGGCCUGAAGCCAGUUGGAGACGUAUGCUUACCCAGCAACCACCGUUGAGAUUCUUGGGGGUGAUCGAGACAUGGAUUGAUCUAGAAUGGCCUCUUUUCACGCAGAUUCUUGUCCAACCGAAUGAUGAGGCAGUCAACGAUUAUAACCUUCUCAUGUCCGGUCAAGAUCCUUUGGUUCUCUGGAAUAAUCCCCAUCCUUUCAAACGCAACGAUUGGGAACUUCGCGCAGAGACGGAAAAGGUGACUACAACGUAUAUGAGAGAUUGCGAUCUGAUUACAUUUUGUGGAUAUUGCUAUUUAUUCAAGUGGGAGAAUGCAUCUAAUUACUUAGAUCACUGGAUUGUUUCCCUGGGCCGUCACAAGCGCAUUCGCGGUCUUUUCCGGAAGCCUAUCUGAGACGACUAGUUUGCUUUAGUUUGACAAUGGUCGGUAGGUUCGGAUGUUUGAACCAAUGUUGGUAAGUUAGAAAUUUUGCUCCUAUGUUAUUCUAACCUGAAGGGUAGCGAAGCUUGCUCAGCAAUAUCUCUGGCAACCCCGUUAUCCAGUUCGAGCUGUGGCUAAGCAAAGGCUUCUGGCUUAUAUGG